AUGGAGGGGCUCUGGGUGCUGCUGGCUGCUGCUCUGCUCCCACUGCUGCCCUCUGGCAAAGCCACCAGGCCGUUGCCCACCCUGGCCCCACCACUGAGCAUGGUGGUGGCUGGGCAGCGCCAGCGGCUGGUGGUCUGCGUGGUGAGUGAGCUGGGCCUGGGCUCGGGCCACAGUGUCUGGAUCGCCAGUGGAAACAGCAGUGCCCUGCAGUCCUUCUCCUACGGGGCCUCCCAGGAGGAUGGUGGCACCAUCUGUACCAUCUCCCUUCUCCCUGAUGACCUUCUGCCAGAGGGGGAUCUCACCUGCCAUGUGGGGCCCAACAGGACCUCUCCAGCCCACAGUUCCAGCCCCAUCCGCAUCACAGGCAAUGAGGAGGGGGUAGAGCCAUGUCCCAGUAGCGUGGCUGUGUGCAAGUAUGUGGCAGUGGAGCUGAAGUCUGCUUUUGAGGAGACCGGCAGGACCAAGGAGGUGAUCGAUACCAAGUAUGGCUUCCUGGACGGGAAGGGCUCUGCGGUCAAGUACACACAGUCGGACAUCCGGUUAAUUGAGGUGACGGAGAACAUCUGCAAGCGGUUGUUGGACUACAACCUGCACAAGGAGAGGAGUGGCAGCAACAGAUUCGCCAAGGGCAUGUCGGAGACAUUCGAGACCCUGCACAAUCUGGUGCACAAGGGUGUCAAGGUGGUGAUGGACAUCCCCUAUGAGCUGUGGAACGAGACCUCUGCUGAGGUGGCUGACCUCAAAAAGCAGUGUGAUGUGCUGGUGGAGGAGUACGAAGACGUGAUUGAGGACUGGUACAGGCACCACCAGACGGAAGACCUCUCCCAGUUCCUUUGUGCUGACCAUGUGCUAAAAGGGAAGGACACAAGCUGCCUGGCAGAGAAGUGGACUGGCAAGAAAGGUGACUUGGCGAGCGUGGGGGAGAAGAAGAGCAAGAAAAAGAGCAGGAAGAAGAAGAAGGGUGGGAAGGAGGAAAGUGAGGGAGCUGCCAGCCUCCCAGCCUCAGGGGAGAGCCUGGAGGAGAGUGGAAUCCAGGAGGAGGUUCCACUCACCCACAGCCCAGCCGAUGAGCUGUAGGCACGCAGCCCCAGGCCCCUGGGCUCUCACCCCGCCGUGUCCUGCGGCUACCAAAGGAA